AUGCUGUUUGUUUCGCUCCCCCCUCCCCUUUCGAGAGCACUGCUGCUCGCAGGAUACUUUACACUGUCAUGGGCACAACUCGCUUUGCCUACCUGGCGUAAAGCAAAUAUAACGACCUCCGCCGCUGCCAGGACCGCUUUUGCAAGAGCGGCGCUACAGGAAACUAUUGUGCACAUCGGAGCCAAUGGUCAGUUUCCAGACGCCGCAGACUAUGUUGUUCCUGCGAUCUUCUACUCACAGCUCGCGGCAUUCGAUGCUGCGACAGGCAGCCAACAAUAUCGCGAUAGUCUGGUGCAGUACUUUCAGAACGCAACAAUGAUACAUGCAAACUUUUCAAACUCCGAGAACUACGGUUAUGCUGCCGUUCAAGCCUAUGUUACCUACAAGGACCCUGUUUUCCUUGAAUACGCAAUCGGAGUCUGGAAUAUCAGCAACCAAUAUACUCUUUCUCAAGCCGACAUCGACGCAGGCAGACAAAAGAGUGGUCUGAAAAACUUCGAUUUAGCACAAACCUGUCAUGGCAAAACAAUGGCUGGAGGGACUUUCGGGAUAACGGCGGUAUCUGACCCUUCAAUUGCUGGCCUGUCGACCGGGCAGUUUGCAAUUCUUUCCGCGCUGUUGGCUGCAAGUACCUCGGAACCUGAAUACCUCGCUGCUGCACAGCUCUCGAUAGCGUUCAUGCAGUCGCACUGGCUCAAUCCACAGAACAUCAUGCUUGACGGGAUCUCCGGCCGCAACAACGAUUCGUGUUCAUUAACCACGGCAUUGCAGCCCUAUGACUCGGGUAUGGCGAUUGAAGCACUGGCGAUUGUCGUUGACAUCACCAAGGACUCUUUGUCCCGGAGCUUGUUGACCUCGCUCAUUGAGGCUGCAAUAACUUCAACAGCAUGGCAAAAAGCAGAUGGAAUCAUCUCGAACCAAGCGCACGGUUCUGGCGGCGAUGUCUCAAUCAUUCGUGGGCUCAGCGCUGCAUAUAGCCGCAACGUGACCACUUUGCCGCUGCGGGAAUACAUCAAAGGUUAUCUCGCUGUCCAGGCAAGUCCGCCAUUUACUACUAAUGGCUUGGAUGAAAACAUUUACGGACAUUGGGUUGGGCCUGCAGCAACAGCAUUUAGCUCCAAAGACCAGACAACAGCUCUCGCAGUACUUGUCGCUGCAAUGGGGCUGCAAAAUGACACACAGAAACCUGCGUCCUCUUCUCAGGCUGUAACUUUUGGUGGAGGGCUGACAUCGACAGGCUCGACCUUCAGCCCCAGCACAACUCUUAGUCCGAGUCCUCCGUCCGCCGGUCAUUCUAACUCGCACAUGGGCCAACUGGUGGGGGGAAUUAUUGCAGCCGUUUUGACGGUCAUACUGCUGAUUUGCAUGGGAUCGCUGCUGUAUAUUCGCCGUCUGCGGAAGAACUCGAGAAGGGCAUCGAUCAGCUCGCGGCCAGAUGUACUCUCGGUCCAAAUCCGCCCCGGUAUCAACUUGCGUUCGACCAUCGAAAUCAAUCCCUCUACCUCGCCUAUCUCCCAGACCGCUUCCAGCGUGCUGACGGAUACCACUAACGCUCCCGACAUCGCAAAAUAUGGCCAGUGGGACUGGGAGAAGCCCCCGCAACUCGAACAACCACGCACGAGGCAAUGGCUGUCCGAUCAGGCAGAACGAGUCUAUGGUUAUCCCACGGCUAUCCCAGCCUCAAGAGGGUCAGCACUCCCGACUGAUGGACGUAUGCGGAUACUUCAUUCCCAGUACCAGCGCCGUGAUUCAACGGUGUUUGACGACGACGAGGACCCCCCUGGCUACCCUGGGACAGAAAUGGUAUAA